GCAAAUUCUCCAACGCCUAAAGUUGGCAACUCUCCUGUUCUAAUUGUUGAUGCCCUUGGUCGUACUGCCGAUCCACAGGCAACGGAAGUUGCCGUUGUAACUACCGUAGCGAAAUCAGCUGCUAAGGUUGUCUGCCAUUCUCCUUCUGAAAAAAAUUCUAAUAAAGACGACAGUGUUCGCGUUACUGCUGUUCCUCGUGUACGAAUUAAAAUCGCUGACAGAAUUGCUGAAGAAGAAAGGAAACACGAAGAAGUGGUAGAUAACGUAUUAGCAUUGGAAUCUGCCAGUAGCGUUGAUAAUACAAAAGUAAAGAUUAACGAUAUUGAAGCUCAAGAUGUAACUCAAUUAGUAACGAAUAAAGAUCUCGACUCUGAUCAAGAUGUUAUUCGAUGUUACUCUACAUAUCUGCAAAUUUUCGUAAACAUUGUGCAAGUGCAAAUCCGUGAAAAAGAAUACCAAACCUAA